AAACAUCUAAGAAGUUAUUUAUAAUUUAGUUACUUCACUGUAAGAUGAACUUCAAAUCUUCAGCCGUGUGAACUGGCGGAGAGAUAUGGGCUCUACAGAGAAUGGUUCCUCGCUUGUGGAAGAGGCUCUUCUUCAUCUUCAGGAUGAAGAGAGUAAACGAUACACGGGAGACGGUUCGGUUGACUUUAAAGGGAGACCUGUUCUUAAGCAGAACACUGGCACUUGGAAAGCAUGUCCCUUUAUCCUAGGCAACGAGUGCUGCGAACGUUUGGCGUACUAUGGCAUUGCAACAAAUCUCGUGACCUAUCUUACCCGCAUACUACACGAAGGAAAUGUCUCUGCUGCGAGAAAUGUCACCACUUGGCAAGGCACUUGUUAUCUUACAGCUCUCAUUGGAGCUGUUCUGGCAGAUUCUUACUGGGGACGAUACUGGACAAUUGCCGUUUUCUCCACGAUUUAUUUCCUUGGGAUGUGUACAUUGACUCUUUCUGCAUCUGUUCCAGCAUUGAAUCCUGCCGAGUGUUUGGGUUCCGUAUGCCCUCCAGCUACUCCUGCGCAAUAUGCUGUGUUUUUCUUUGGUCUCUACCUGAUUGCACUUGGGACUGGUGGUAUUAAACCAUGUAUCUCAUCUUUUGGGGCAGAUCAGUUUGAUGAUACUGAUCCUCGGGAAAAGGUUAAGAAGGGAUCCUUUUUCAACUGGUUUUAUUUUUGCAUCAACAUAGGUGCUAUAGUAUCAAGCACUUUCGUUGUAUGGGUUCAAGAAAAUAGGGGCUGGGGUCUUGGAUUUGGCAUUCCUGCUUUAUUUAUGGCAUUAGCCAUUGGAAGCUUUUUCAUAGGCACACCCCUCUACAGGUUUCAAAAGCCAGGGGGAAGUCCUGUUACAAGAAUGUGCCAGGUUGUGGUAGCAUCUUUCCUGAAGCGGAAUGUGGUUGUCCCUGAGGAUAGUAGACUCCUGUUCGAGAUACCGGACAAGAGCUCUGCAAUUGAAGGAAGCCGAAAACUGGAGCAUAGUGACGAACUUAGGUGUCUUGAUAAGGCAGCUGUAGUGUCUGAUGCUGAGAGGAAAAGUGGCAAUUAUUCUAACCUGUGGAGACUUUGCACAGUAACACAGGUGGAGGAAUUGAAAAUCUUGAUCCGCAUGUUUCCAGUUUGGGCUACUGGAAUAGUUUUCUCUGCUGUUUAUGCUCAGCUAUCAACAUUGUUUGUGGAACAAGGAACCAUGAUGAACAGAAGUAUAGGUUCCUUUAACAUUCCUCCAGCUUCUCUCUCAUGUUUUUCUUUAAUAAGUGUUAUCUUCUGGGUGCCCGUGUAUGAUAGGAUCAUAGUUCCCGUCGCGAGAAAAUUUACAGGCAAGGAGAAGGGCUUUUCAGAGUUGCAAAGAAUGGGAAUUGGCCUUUUUGUUUCAGUCCUGUGCAUGUCAGCAGCUGCUAUUGUGGAGAAUACACGUCUGCGGCUUGCAAGAGAGCUUGACAUUGUCGAUAAACCUGUGGCUGUACCAAUUAGUAUACUUUUGCUAGUCCCUCAGUAUUUAUUAUUUGGGGCAGCAGAAGUAUUCACAUGCGUGGGACAGAUUGAGUUCUUUUAUGACCAAUCUCCGGAUGCUAUGCGGAGUUUAUGCACUGCUUUGCCACUUCUGACUGUUUCAUUGGGGAAUUACUUAAGCUCUUUCAUUCUCACUAUAGUAACAUACUUUACUACACAAGGCGGAAAUCCCGGAUGGAUUCCAGAUAACUUGAACAAUGGUCAUCUUGAUUACUUUUUCUGGCUUUUAGCUGGACUUAGCUUCUUAAAUAUGUUGGUGUAUAUUGCUGCUGCCAAAAGGUACAAGCAGAAGAAGGCUUCCUAAGAUUUUUCAGGCAUUUUUGAGGAGGGGAACCACAUUCUGCUAUUCCCUCUGUCAUUGCAGUGAUUGUUCUGCAUAGAUAUAAAAAUAAUUUGCAAUCAUGUACUUUUCACUUACAAAGGAAAAUCUGUGUUAUGUCUGUUGUGGAUAGUUAAUUGUGUCAUUCAUGUCCAUUGUGGAUAGUUAAUUUUCACUUUCUCAAUAUUCCAACAAUUACUACA